UUCGAUAUCUUCGGGCGAGUACAGGAAACACUUAUAUUAUAAGUGGUGUUGGGACCUGGUGUAGUCAGUUAUUCGAUUUCUUUCCUUCGGUUCGUGUGGAUUCUUUAUUAAGUGUCCAAAAUGAAAUACUUCGUCUUUGCUUUAUUCCUGUUGAUUGGGUCAACAUUGGUACAUGGUCAAUCUACUGAAUCCACUUCCACCGUAGCUCCAUCUUCGACGACCACAGCACCAGCAGCUUCAACAAGUACGGCUGCAAGUUCUUCGACGGAAGCAGCAAGUUCUACGACAGCAGCUGCGGGUUCAACUACUACGGCAGCAAGCACAUCGACAGGGGCUGCUGGCAGCUCUACAACGGCGGACCCCGCCGGUGGAUCUGCACAUGGUCUACAACUUCCGGUUCACCUUCUGAUAGCUGGAACUGUGGGCAUUUUCCUAAAGUUCACCAAUGCUGUCUGAGUGAACGGUAUUUGCCGUACAAGAAUAUUCGACAGUCGUAGACAAGUGACAAAAAUUCGCAUUUUCAUUCAGUCAAAACUGCCUUUGUUCUUAAAAGAUAUGAAUAAAUUUUAACAUUUAUUUUUAUUUACGUAA